AUGGCAUCUGCUGAAUGUACAAAGAAAAAAGGUCUAUCCUUUUUAAUUGGGGCCACCAAUUCAAACGAUAACCACAUACUCCCUAUAAAUGCAACCCAGUAUUCUCUGCUGAGGUUGUACACUGCGGGGAGAGACGGUACGGUCAAAACGUGGCAACAUGAAAAUGCCUCUAUAGUUAAUACCACCACUAAAGGUGUCUACGACGAAGAUGAAAGCGGGUCCUCAGACAUCCACGAGUCACUUCUCAAAUUAGAAACUGCAAUUUCAUCCAACACUCUCCCCCACACCAUUCCCGAAGGAGGAGACUUUAAAAUCACAAACAGCCACAAUCUCCACUUUGAUUGGAUAAAUGAUAUACAAUUGAUCAACAACGAUCAACACCUAGCCUCAUGUUCAUCCGAUUUGUCAAUCAAGAUCCUCGACUUGGCGAGCAAUGCAGUGCACAAAUUGCCCAAUGUCCACACCGACUACAUCAAGAAGCUUGCCUAUUCUUCUGAUCUCGUUAGUGGUGGUUUGGAUGGCAAUGUAGUAUACUGGGACUUGGAUCAGCUAAGGCCAAUACAAAUCAUUGAAAACCGAGCAACGGGAAAUUUGCCCACAUCGAUUUACUCGUUAGCCAAGAAUGACCAUGUGAUUAGCACGGGUGGUCCUAGCAAUACAAUCAACUUAUAUGAUUCGCGAUCGUCGCAGUUUAUACGAAGCCUCAUUGGGCACCAGGAUAAUAUCCGAUGUUUAUUGAUGAACGACCAAUUCCUCCUUAGUGGAUCUUCAGACACGUUGAUCAAAAUGUGGGAUUUGCGGACAUUCAAAGUGUACAAGAACUUUGACAUUCAUGAUUUCCCCGUUUGGUCAUUGCUGGGGAAUAUGUGUGAAUUUUAUUCUGGUGAUCGAGGUGGAAAUGUAGUCAAGACUGACUUGUCAAACUUGUUUAUCAAUAAGCAAGACCGAUUUUUUGAAAACACCUUCACUAGCAAUGAAUGCACGUCGAUUGAUGAAAAAUUGGGCAUUUCUACAAUCAUUGCCCGGAACGAAUUGCCAAUUGUGUCUAUAUGCCAUGGUGACGACAACAUAUUCAUAUCUGAUUAUGAUUCGUUAACCAGGUAUGUCAACCCCAACACAUCGAGUCUUGCCCAAUACCAAUUUUUGAAAACAUGUGUUGACUACUCGCCCGUUGACGACUCGUUGAUUGAUGAUUUGCAAUCGCAACCCAAUGAAGAUUUGAACUCGGCAUUUUACGAUUUGGUGAGCCACUUGUCGAUGGAUACAACGCCAAACAAUGAGAUGCAAAGUACCUAUUCAGUGGAAAACACCGAGCCUACUGAAUCGUACAAUUCAAUGUUUUUAAAUGUAAAUGGCGGAGCUUCGAUUGAGUUUAUCAAUGCAUAUCAACAGGAACCCAAGUUUGCCAACCCAUUCAUGGGGGAUGGCAAUGGGAGAGUUGACGAGUUUGUUGAUUCAACACCGAUUGAGAUACUACUCAACCCGGCUGAGCACAUAACGCCUAUCCCAUUUAAUUCAAAGCCUAUUUCCAGGUACGAGAUUGUCCCGCAUAGUGUCAUUUCAAAACGAAUAUUCAACAAUAAGCGACAAAUCAUAGCAUUAUACCUUAAUGGUGAUAUUCGAAUUUGGGAUAUUCUAAUAUGUAAAGAGUUGUUAAAGUUCCCCAGUCGCCACAACAAAUUACUCACGGGUAAAGAGUUGGAAUAUCGAAUCAAAGAAAUGGACGAUUUAGUACAGAAAUAUCAGAGUCUGGAUACUCUUAAUAACUGGUGCGAGGUUGAAAUUAAGGCCGGAAAAUUGUUGGUGACAAUUAAAGACACAUCUGUCAUGAAUGUGGAGAUAUACUACGAUGACAUGGUUAAGGAUUACCCAUACCUCAGCAUAGAUCACCCAGAAACGGUUGCACGAAUGGGAAACCACAAAAUCAGCGUCAGUGAUGACGACCGGUUCCAUCUCGGUUUAAUCUUGUUGAAUUCUAUUUUCCAUGGAUACACCAUGUAUGAAUGGGUGUUUGAUGAACUAAUGCGCGAGGAGAUCCGCCAGUUGCAGCAGCAGCAGCAGCAGAAGACAACCGAUAGUGAUAGUAUUACUAGUCGGCUCAAGAAUUGGAGGAAACCAUCCAAAAGGAGCCUUAAUGAAGCAUCGCCAAUCAACUCAACCAGCGCUAGUGUUGCCGAUAUGCCUCUCAAUCCGCCACUCAGCGAGUUUCUCAACACGCCAGAAGAAAGCUUGGCAAAGUCAAUCCCUCUGUACAAUGACACUAUUAUGAGCUUGCUACAAACAAACAAGAAAAUAUACCACGAAAGGAGCAAGCCAGGCGAGUCUGUCCUUCGAGUCAAUUAUGUCAACCCUUGUUUAAACCCAGAUAACGAUGACGAGUUGAAGUAUUUCCCCGUAAUCAAUCCCAAACAUUUCCCACCAGAUUUUAAUGUCAUCCUUUUUGAAUACUCGCCUGAAUUGGGUAAUUACCGAGACUUGAGUUAUUUCAAGAUAUGCGACAUAAACAACCUACCUGAAUUUCCCCAACAGGAGCUAAUCAAUGAGUUGCGUUGCUCGUUACCACGCUGGAUUGGACAACCGAUCCUAUACAACCGAUUCAGCAUUAAAGAGUCGCCAAAGAUUACGUUCCGCUUGCUUGAGGUUGAUUAUUUCAGUCUACCACCAUCGGUUAAAAUUGGUGGCAAAUCGCAACGCAAAAUCAAGUCGCUCCCAGCAUUGGAAAGUAGUAUCAAAUUAACGUCACACAACAUGUUGCGAGUGUCAAAAAUACUCUACUUUUUAACCGACAAGUUUGAAGCUAGUACAAAAGAGAUGAAGGAUAAGAAGUUGAAACCGACAGAUUGGUUGGCGUUGGAAUGCAAAGGGCAAGAGUUGAGUAACUCUAUGACGUUGCAAACUAUAAAAACAAAGAUUUGGAAAAGUAGUAGUGAUAUAGAGCUACUGUUUAGAAGGAAGUUUGACUAA